AUGUCUGCCAACGGCGAGCUUCGACUCAAGCGAAGGACAAGCCCGACCUCAGCCGUAGAAAGACCCAAAAAACAGUUAAAGCCAGAAAAUGGAGUGCCAACCCCCGGCGACGCUACUCCUCAAAAUGGCUCCGUGUACGACAUCGAGGCCAACUCGAGCUCAGUCCCCAUCAUCAACCCCGUUCCCGCUGCAGGCGACUCUCCGGAAUGGCAGGCUACUAUAGAACGAGUGAUUAAGAGUGUGGUGUCUAUUCACUUCUGCCAGACAUGUUCUUUUGAUACCGACUUGUCCCUUUCCUCCCAAGCUACCGGAUUUGUGGUUGACGCCGAAAAUGGCUACAUCAUGACCAAUCGCCACGUCGUUUGCGCCGGUCCCUUCUGGGGUUAUUGUGUGUUUGACAACCAUGAAGAAUGCGACGUGAAACCUGUCUAUCGCGACCCUGUCCACGAUUUCGGUAUCCUGCAAUUCGACCCCAAAGCUAUCAAAUACAUGAAUGUCCAGGCACUCAAACUCCAACCGGAGUCUGCAAAAGUGGGUGUGGAAAUCAGAGUGGUGGGCAACGACGCCGGUGAGAAGCUCAGCAUUCUCUCCGGUGUGAUUAGUCGGUUGGAUCGCAAUGCUCCAGAGUAUGGUGAAGGCUACAGUGACUUCAACACAAAUUAUAUCCAAGCUGCUGCUGCGGCCACGGGUGGAAGCUCCGGUAGUCCGGUGGUAAAUCUAAGCGGGCAUGCGGUUGCUCUGCAAGCGGGCGGUCGUAUCGACGGCGCCGCCACUGAUUACUUCUUACCUCUGGACCGUCCAUUGCGUGCACUGCAGUGCCUUCAACGAGGAGAGCCAAUCACCCGAGGGACAAUCCAGACACAGUGGAUGCUAAAACCGUUUGACGACUGUCGGAGGUUGGGUUUAACGCCAAACUGGGAAUCAGCGGUUCGAAAGGUCCAUCCGAAGGAGAACAGCAUGCUCGUUGCCGAGAUUGUACUGCCCGAAGGACCUGCAGACAACAAGAUCCAGGAAGGAGAUGUGUUGAUCAAAGUCAAUGGGGAGUUGUUGACAUCCUUUGUCAAACUGGAUGCCAUUCUUGACUCCAGUGUGGGAGGGAAGGUGCAUCUCUUAUUCCAGCGUGGAGGAGAGGAUCACGAAGUGACACUGGAAGUGGGAGACCUUCAUGCAAUCACCCCGGAUCGAUUUGUCACUGUGGCUGGCGGGAGCUUUCACAACUUGUCCUAUCAGCAGUCUCGAUUAUACGCCAUCGCCUGCAAAGGGUUGUAUGUGUGUGAGGCUGCCGGCUCAUUUAAGUUGGAUAGUGCUCUUUCUGGAUGGAUCAUUGACACAGUAGAUCAGAAACCCACCCCGGACCUCGACGCCUUCAUCGAAGUCAUGAAAACCAUACCUGACCGGUCUCGAAUCGUCAUUUCAUACCGCCAUAUUAGGGAUCUUCACACUCGGGCCACUACGAUCGUACAUAUCGAUCGGCAUUGGCAUCCGAAGAUGAGGUUGUCGGUGAGAAAUGAUCAAACAGGUCUGUGGGAUUUCAAAGACCUGGGUCAGGCGCUGCCCGCUGUACCACAAGUGCCAAAGUCGGCAGAUUUUAUUCAGCUCGAUGGCGUCAAUCUGCCUGCCGCGGCCGAAAUUAUCCGUUCGUUUCUUAAGAUCACCUGUUACAUGCCCGUUAAGAUUGAUGGAUACCCUCAAGCACGAAGAACAGGUUUUGGAUUGGUGAUCGACGCCGAGAAAGGCCUGGUGGUGGUAUCCCGAGCCACCGUUCCGUACGACCUCUGUGACAUUACCGUGACUGUUGCAGAUUCGAUCCAGAUCGAGGGCAAGGUGGUGUUUCUCCACCCGCUGACCAACUAUACGGUGAUCCAAUAUGAUCCGUCGUUGGUGCACGCGCCAGUCCAGACCGCGAAGCUAUCCACCGAGAUGAUUAAGCAAGGCGCCGACACGAUCUUUGUGGGGUUCAACCAAAACCAUAGGGCCGUGGUUGCAAAGACCACGGUCACGGAUAUUACAGCGGUUGGUAUUCCUGCCAAUGCAGCCGCUCCGAGAUACCGGGCGGUCAACCUUGAUGCGAUUACCAUCGACACGGGUUUAUCUUCCCAGUGUGCAUCUGGUGUGCUGAUGAGCGCGGAUGGCGUGGUGCAAGCUCUCUGGCUCACCUACAUGGGUGAGAGAAGCCAAGGCAGCCAUAGAGACACGGAAUACCAUCUAGGCUUAGCUACAAGCAUGAUCAAACCGGUGGUUGAUCAAAUACGGUCUGGCAUUAUACCGAAGCUUCGGAUUUUGAACAUGGAGUCCUACGUGGUCCAGAUGUCACAGUGUCGGAUCAUGGGGGUCUCGGAAGAAUGGAUCUCUAAAGUGGCCAAAGCCAACCCGUCGCGGCAUCAAUUGUUCAUUGUGAGGAAAGUGGACUGCGGUCCAGCCAACGGACCUAGUGAUGGACAACUCCUGCAAGAGGGGGACAUCAUCCUCACGCUGAAUGGGCAACUUAUUACCCGGGUCAGUGACUUCGAUAUCAUGUAUGACAAGGAAUGGCUCGAUGCGCUCGUUGUCCGGAAAGGCAAGGAGAUUCGCCUCCGGGUGCCCACUGUACCUACAGAAGACCUGGAGACGUCGCGGGCAGUGAUCUUCUGCGGAGCUGUUCUCCAAAAGCCACACCAUGCGGUCAGACAGCAGAUCAGCAAGCUUCAUUCGGAGAUCUAUGUCAGUGCUAGGAGUCGAGGGUCGCCGGCCUAUCAAUACGGGCUGGCACCUACAAAUUUUGUUACCCAUGUCAAUGGGGUGAAGACUCCUGACUUGGACGCAUUCGUCAAAGAAGUCAACAAGAUUGAGGACAACACGUACUUUCGGCUGAGGGCAAUGACCUUCGACAACGUGCCGUGGGUGGUGACGAUGAAAAAGAACGAUCAUUACUUCCCCAUGUCCGAGUAUGUCAAAGACCCAACCAAAGCCAAUGGGUGGAAAGUGAUCUCCUACGGCCCGCGGGGCAGAAAGAUAAAGGGCGAAGAGGGAGCGCCGAUGACUUCAGAUUCAAUGAGCGCCGAGGACGACGGGCUCAGCGACGGAGAGGAAGGUCCGGAUAGAGGUUGA